UUUCCAUUGUGGCUUUCGCGAUAACGCUUCGAUUUCCUUAUCGCCUUUGACCCCCAUUCAAUACCCAAAAAAACCAUACUUCUUAUAGACUUGUUUUCCUAUCGAGAUGGAAAUAACAGUUCCGUUGAUGUUGCCAAAAUAUAAAAACGAAAAGAGGAAAAACAAGUACAAACGAGAAACGUUAUCGUUGUUAUUGUUUCGUUGUUGCGGUUGGCAGAGCAUUUUCUUAUCAGCUGGUCGUCAGGCCAGGCCCCAUAAAGUGUCCAGCCGGCAAUUGAAACGCAAAGGUGCCGUAUUUACGACCCAAUAGAGUCUCCUCAUCCACUCGCCCAUAUAUACAUAUAUAUAUAUACCACAUCCGAGUUAUACCCGCAGUCAUCAGUAUUCAGCGAGCGGUUAAAGUCAGAGGUCCUAGAGUGUAUAUUUUGUUCAGGUGCAAUGUCGCAGGCUGUGAAAACGGAAACGUCAAAGGAAUCUAAUGGUUCGACUAACAAACUUAAUAGUACAGCUGUUAAUGGAAAGUUGGAGGCUUUGAAGAGACCCAGACAUGUUUCUGGUGGCGUUGAGGAAAUCAUCGAUCCCUUCUGUAAUCCAGAGAAACCACAAAGGAUUUCCUUUCAUGAUGUCACAUCGGCUGCCUUUCUCAUUCGUGGCGGCGUGGAACGUACUCCUUGUCCGAAAUCCACCUCAUCGGAUCUUUAUGGCAUGGAGUUGUAUUUGAAAAAGGAUUUCCUGCAAUAUACGGGAAGCUUCAAGGAGCGUGGCGCACGCUAUGCUCUGUUAUCAUUGACCGACGAGCAGAAGAGAACCGGAGUGAUUAGUGCCUCCUUGGGUAAUCAUGCCCAGGCAUUGUGCUAUCAUGGCUGGAAACUCAAUAUCCCAGUCACGGUGGUGAUGCCCAAGGCGGCUCCUAUUAUGAAGAUCCAGAAAUGCAGGAACUACAAGGCUCGCGUUAUUGUGGAUGGUAAUGAUAUGGGAGAGGCCAAGUCCCUGGCCAUGCGGAUGUCCCGUGAGGAGGGUCUACUGUAUGUCAAUGGCUAUGAUCAUCCACAUAUUAUGGCUGGCCAGGGUACUAUUGGUUUGGAAAUACUCGAACAGGUUCCGGAACCGGAUGCUGUGGUGGUUCCAGUCGGCGGUGGAGGAUUGAUUGCCGGUAUUGCCACGGCUGUAAAGGCUUUGUCCCCCAAAACUAAAAUUAUUGGUGUGGAGUCGGAGAAAUGUGCUAGCUUCACUCGUGCCAUGGAAAAUAAUGGACCCAUUCAUACUCCCAUCAAGAACACCUUGGCUGAUGGUCUGGCUGUGCCCAAAGUUGGUUAUAAUGCUUAUGCCACGGCCAUGCCUCUCAUAGAUCGCAUGGUGGUGGUCAAGGAGGAGUGGAUUGCCGUGGCUAUCCUUCGGUUGGUGGAGGAGGAGAAAUGCGUCGUCGAGGGAGCUGGUGGAGCAGGUCUGGCGGCUAUUUUGGCGGGUCAUCUUGAUGAGUUGAAGGGGAAGAAGGUUGUGGUCCUUCUCUGUGGUGGCAAUAUAGACACCACAGUUUUCGGUCGCUGCUUAGAGCGUGGAUUGGCCGCCGUGGGUCGCCUGGUCAAGUUCAAUGUAGAGGUAAGCGAUCGUCCUGGCGGAAUCAAUGAUCUUUGUGCCCUGCUGGUCCGUGUGGGAGUCUCCAUCAAGGAUAUUAUGCACGAGAGAGCUUGGCUGAGGGAUAUCUACACCGUGGAAGUGAAAGUUAUUUGCGAAACUGUUGACUGGACACAUAGUUUGGAGCUGAAGAAUGAACUGAAGAAGUUCUACUCUAAAGUUCAGUUCUCCGAUGUCCCGCUGGCCCUGACCAGUGAUUCCGAUUCGUAGGAGAUCGAGAGUCUUGUAUAUAGUACACAUAUGAUUUAUUCACUUCAGCAGCGCAGCAAGAACUUAAAGCUUUAAACUUAGAGCUUAGUUGUUAAGAGUAAACAUAAUCGUAGUCGAAGUAGAAAUGUAAAUUAGGUGUAAAUAAAUAUACAUAAAAUACA